CGCCUCUUCCUACUAGACCCUCUCCAUCCCCACUUGCUUACGAACAUGCUUCCUCAGCCCCGUACUUAUUACGCGCCAUAUCAUUCCAGGGUUAUCGGAAGAGCCCAGGAAACCUCAUCUUUCGCCCUCGACAACACUGAAUAUGUCCAAACUCCCUGCACCAGAUAUUCCAAUCGUUACACUUGGCGUUCAGGAAACAAUCGCAAGUGUUGGAAUGGAACACGACCAAAAAACAAUCGCAAAGGGAGAAGAUGUAGAUGAGAAGCAAGAUACUCGGGAACAUCAAGGUGUAACUUUGGUUUCUUCAAUCAACGACGACGAACCGGUGGUGACAAGGAGAGAACUAUGGAGCUAUUAUCUGUACUACAAUGGUAACAACGGUGUUGGACCGAUGGGCUUCUCAAUGACAAUUUUCCAAGCGUUAGCGACUUCUGCAGGCUAUGACCCUGACAAAGGACCUGGGUCAACUUGUUCAGAAGGAACUUCUGCAAAGUGUGUCGUUCCAUGGGGCAAGGGCACGAAAUCGGUUUCCGGAGUGGUCCUUAUUGCGAACGGCCUGAGCUUUGCUAUCAUGACCUUACUUUUCACCACGAUCGGCUCAGCUGCCGACUAUGGCAGCUUUGGUCGUUGGUUGCUUCUGGUCGUCACAUGUAUAUGCUGGGCUUCUCAGUUUGCCAGCAUGAGUCUCACAGAACCUUCUCGGUGGCUUAUCGCAAUGGCGUUAUUCAUGAUUGGUUUCAUCACUUAUGGCGCGACUCUCGUAUUCUACGCCGCCGUAUUUCCUCGCCUGGCGCGAAAUACUGCACGGACCCGCACCAUGAGGAAGGAAUACGAGGCCGGUCGCAUAGAUCGUGAGGCAUACGAACGUGAGGAAGGUCUAGAGAGGAGCAGAAUCAGUAAUUUGAGCACCAUGCAUAGCAAUAUCGGUUACAUCGUCGUUUCUUGCCUAAACUUAUCACUCUUACUUCCGCUGUCCAACAACCGUCUCGUUGAUAACUACGUAAUAGUACUGACCAAUGCGUAUUGGGUGGUGACGGGUAUAUGGUGGUUCAUUUUCCAACAGUCCCGUCCAGGUCCAUCGUUACCUCAAGGUGAACACUUCCUAACGAUUGGAUGGAAGCAGAUCUGGGGAGCACUCAGGCACUACAAGAAGCUUCCCUAUACUUUCACCUAUCUUAUUGCUUUCUUCCUGCUUGCCGACGGACUCAAUACUACGGGGACAUUGGUCAGUAUAUGUGGAAACGACAAAUUCUCUUUCAGUUUCCUCCAGGGAACGUACCUCGGGCUUGUGCAGGCCGUUACUUCUACGAUAAGCACCGCGGGUUUCUGGUACAUUCAGAAAUACUGGAAGCUCAGCACCAAAAAGAUGUUCGUAGUCACAAAUGUGGUGACUGUUCUCAUUCCACUGUGGGGUAUGAUCGGCAUAUGGACUAACACUAUCGGAUAUCAUAACAAGUGGGAGUUCUGGUUCUACAACGUUGUUUUCGGACUUUUCCAGGCCCCGUACUAUGCUUUUUCUCAAACCAUGAUGGCAGAAUUGUCCCCCCCUGGCUUCGAUAACAUGUUUUUCGGAUUGUUCGGCCUGUCUAACCGAGCUUCGUCCAUGAUCGGACCGACUGUUGUCCAGGCUAUCGUCGAUAAGACGGGCAGCAACUGGAUGGGUUUCCCGUUCCUCUUUGCGCUUUGCCUGUGUGCUUCUCUCAUCAUUUGGUUUGGUGUGGAUGUGGGAAAAGGUCACAAAGAUGCAGUGGAUUGGGCUGAACAACAACAGGAACGCAAAGGUCAAGGUCAAAGUCAGAAGUCGGGCUUGUAUAAUUGAAGAAUCUUUGCAAGGACGGCCAAAAUGUGGCUUGAACAUGGUCUUUCCCUUCCCUUCCGCUUUAUCUGCGUAAGGCGCUAUAGCCAAGUGGUUACGGCGACAGAUUAGAAAUCUGUUCCUCUUUGAGGGCGCAGGUUCGAAUCCUGCUGGCGUCGAGUAUACUUUCCUUUUGCUCUUUCUUACGUUACAUUGUACAAGCC